UUGGACUGCGCGACCCGUCAAAUACGACUCCUCAAACCAGAGCCAGUGCUGCGCUCUCCCACUCUCAAGGCAAGGAUCAGACAUGUCACGCUGACCUCGAGGCCGACUCACGAGGCGCUCUUAUAUACGUGGGGUAGCCCGGUGGACAGGCGGCCCAUGUCCCUGGACGGAUUCAACGUCGCGGUCACGGCCAACCUAUCUAGCGCUCUGCAACAUCUCCGCCACGAAGAUCACCCGAGGGUGCUUUCGGUCGACGCUCUCUGUAUCAACCAGGACGACAAGGAUGAGCGGCGAGAGCUGGUGCUCAUCAUGAGAGACAUCUAUGAGGCAGCAACCAAGGUCCUGGCCUGGCUUGGAGAAGCUAGCAAAGACAGUGACCUGGCCAUGGACCUGGUGGACAAGGGGAUGGCCGACAAGGUCCUGCAAAGGCAGUCUCGCGAGUCCUCCGCUUUCAAGAAGCUCUGCCCCCGACCAUACUGGACACGGAUUUGGAUCCUCCAGGAACUCGCGGUG